AUGGAUUUCAUACCUUAGCGAGAAUUCUUCCACCCAGAGGUACAAUCUAAAAUGAAAAGGAAGCGUACCUCAGAAAAUGUAUUUAUAAGCAGCUAUGCAUAUUCACCUAGAGACUAAUUUUUAUUUGUUGGUCUAACAAGUGGAAAAAUUUGCUAUUGGAAGAAAAAAAAUAUGGAACAAAAGUAUUUAGUUGACAGAGGCAAAGAUCCUGAAUUAGUUGAAUUAGAAACCCCACAGCAUCAUAAGGGAGAUGUGAAAUGCCUGAUCUAUGCUAAAAUUGAAGGAUUAGACAUACUGAUCAGUGGUAGUGCUGAUCGAACCAUCAAAUUAUGGGAACCCAAAAAUACUAAAAUUGAUAAAGCAAGAUAGCUGUUGAUGUAUCCAUGGUUUGUGCCUCUUUAAAUUGUCAAGGAUUUCACUUCUAUCAAUGCCUCUCUCAUUGAUAACAGUGUUUGGGUCUAAUGCUUUGAUAUUAAAGAAGGUGAAAAUCUAGGUAUUUUCGCUGGUGAUUCAGAGGGAUCAAUGCUUAUCUUCAGAGCACCAGAAGACUGGAGAAAUGAUUGUGUAUUUGAAUUAGCAAAGAAAACACCCUCAAUUCAUAGAAUCGGUAUCAUUCAAGUCUUAUUAGUAGUUUAAGCUAACUUCGUCUUUACAAUUAGUUUUGAUCAGUAGCUUAAAGGAUUUGAUGCAACAAACGGUAGUGAGUUCUUUUGCAUUAAGAAUCCCAACAAGACAGUCUACACAUCAAUAUUCUGGGAUAAUCAGUUUCAGGAAUUGUACAUUGCUGAUGAAUGUGGUUAUAUUUGGGUAUUAAAUGUAUAUAUGGAGAAGCCUUUAAUCUAAAAGAAGAUAGUGGAUGAAAAGAUAAAAAAGAUAGAAAUUAUGGAGGACACAAGAUCUUUACUUAUUCACACUGACUAUGGGGUAAGGGCUUAUAAAGUUAAGAGAGGAUAAAAAUCGCAAGAUAUGCUUGGCCAUCAAGGACCUAUUUUAAAAAUUAUCACUCUUGAACCAUAGAAGCUAGAGAAGAUAACUAGAGAAAGAAUUCCAGAUGAUCCUAAGAUUAUAACUUGCAGUUUAGAUAAUACGAUCAGACUUUGGGAUGCAAAGGAGAUGGCUUUAGUUACAGUAAUGGAAAGUCCUGAAUAUAGUGAGAUAUCUUGCAUGACUUUCCUCAUUAAUUGCUGUCUUGUAGCUACUGGGCAUGAGGAUGGAGCUAUAAGAUUAUGGAAUAUGGAGAUUAAUUCAAGUGUGACUUUGAAAUGUGAUGAAAAAAGUAAACAUCAAAACAGUAUUAGUUGUAUAUUGGGAAUCUAUCAUAACGAUAGUGAAUUCCUUGUUUGUGGAAGCUAUGAUGGAAAAGUUUCAAUCUGGGAAAUUUCAGAAAAGAGAUCAACAGCUUAGAAUUCUAUGCUUAGUAGUACCAUAUUCCCACAACUCAAGACUGUUAUCGACAACACUAAGACUCCAACAGCUGGAAAGUAUGAUGCUUCAGAAAUUCUUUGCUUAUCUUUCUAUUCAGAUGACUAGCUUGAUCCUUCAAUGGGACUGAUGAAAUCUUCUACUAAAAACUUUGCAUCUUAGCAUGCUCUGCAGAAAGAAGGAUAUGUCCUUGUUGGUGGAAAUAAUAAGAGUGUUAAUAUUUGGAAUAUCAGGACAUAUGAGUUCGUUGGAUCAUUGCAAGAGCAUUCAGAUUCAGUAACUUGCAUGGCUAAUGAUGGUAAAAUGCUUUUCACUGGAAGUGAUGAUAUGACUAUCGGAGUGUGGGAAAUGGACAAUCGAUUCUUAGUUGGUAGACUAGAGGGUCACAAAGACAGUAAGUUUAUUAAUCUCAUUAUAUUCUAUAUAGGCAUACAAGACUUAUUGAUUCUCUCUGAAAAUGGUCUGCUUAUCUCAUGCUCUUAUGAUAAGUCAAUUAUAGUUUGGAAGUAUUAGCACAAACAAAUUAUUGAAAGAUUUGAAAAGACGGAAGAGCUCAGAUGUAUGGACUAUCUCUCAUCGACCAAGACACUGUUUGUUGGAACAAACUAGAAAUCAAUAUUGACUAUUAACAUAGAAAAAUUACUUGACCCACUUAUCAGACAGCUUGAUUUCAGACGCUUAGGUGAGGAUGGAGAAUUUAACCUAGAUGAGGAGUUAGAACUUCAUGGUUAUCAACCAGGAGUUAAUAUUCAAGAUUUGCUGAGCAAUGGUGCUGAGAUAAAUAACAUUGAGGACAUGGCAAAGAUAGAAAGACUGCUAUAAGAAUUGAAGAUGAAGGAUGAAAGAGAUAGAGAUGGUGAUUUUGAUACUAGAACCGAAUACUUAGAUGAGCAAGAAGCAAAGAAUGAUGAAGAUUUAAGGAUGCUUCUCCAAGAGUAGGAACGUAUUCUUAAACAAGAUAAAGAUAGAAAGUUCAAGUGA